AUGGGCGAUUACGAUGCAGCUCUGCAGGCGCUUGAAAAUGAUUUACAACUUAAGCAAACUAAAUUGCAAGCAAGAAGUCCAGCUUUCGGUUUAACAUACUGUUUAUUUGGAAGAGUUUAUCGAAGUAUGAAAGAUUACCCAAAAGCACUUAAGUAUUUUGAAAAGUGCGUCAGAAUAGCUGAAGAAACGUUACCGGAGAAACAUCCCAAUCGGGCUAUUAUAUAUACUAAUAUAGGCGAUGUUCAUCGAUUGAUGGGUGAUUAUGAAAAGGCAAUUUCAUUUCAUCGAAAAGCAUUGAAUAUUCAAGAAAAAAUUCAAUGUAAUCCUCUGGAAUGUGCAACGACAUAUACUUAUUUAGGUGACACUUAUCGAGAAAUGAAAGAUUAUUCAACAGCAUCAACAUAUUUUCAAAAAGCAUUACAAAUUCGUGAAAAGAAACUGAAAGAUCAUCCUGAUUUAGCUGUAGUCUAUCACAGUUUGGCAAAGUUACAUUUAUCAACUCAGCAAUAUAGUAAAGCAUUGAAAAAUGCGCAACAAGCAGUAGAUGUUGCUCAACAGAAAUUAUCUUCAAAUCAUCCUCAUCUUUUGGCCUACAGAGAAACAUUAGAAAAAGCUCGAAAGAAGUCAUAA